AUGCACGGAGUCACACUCGCCCCGAAGAUCUCGGGCAAACACAACCCAGACGGCCAAAACGAGGCUCACGUCGAGAACCUGGCCAACGCCCUUCCCGGCCUCAACGAGAAAGAUGCCACCGCCGUCGCCCAGGCCGGCGCCUGGGAGAUUGAUGCCUUCAUCGACGGCAUGGAGCGCGAGCUCGAGGCUGCCGGUGGCCUGAAGACGGGCUUCUUCCAGCUCGAGUUCAGCGAGACCAAGUACUUCACCUGGCUCAUCGUGGCCUUUGCCUCCAUGGGUGGUCUUCUCUCCGGUCUCGAUCAGUCUCUCAUCUCUGGCGCCAACCUGUUCUUGCCUGCCGAUUUGGGCCUCACCGUCAAACAAAACUCGCUCGUCAACUCGGCGAUGCCCCUUGGCGCCGUUGGUGGUGCCAUCAUUCUCAGUCCUUGCAACGAGUACUUUGGCAGAAAGAUGUCCAUUAUUAUUUCCUGCAUCCUCUACACCAUCGGUGGUGCUCUCUGCGCCGGUGCCCAGAACUUCGGCAUGAUUGUCUCCGCGCGUGUCAUCCUGGGCAUGGGUGUCGGUCUUGAGGGCGGUACCGUCCCCGUCUACGUCGCCGAAACCGCCGAGCGAAGAAUUCGUGGCAACGUCGUCUCUCUUUACCAGCUCAACAUCGCCCUCGGCGAAGUCCUCGGCUACGCCGUCGCUGCCAUCUUCAUCCACGUCCCCGGCAACUGGCGCUGGAUUCUCGGCUCCUCCCUCCUCUUCUCCACCAUCAUGCUCAUCGGCAUGCUCUUCCUUCCCGAGUCCCCCCGUUACCUGAUGCACAAGGGCCGCACCCUCGAUGCGUACAAGGUGUGGAAGCGCAUCCGCGGCAUCUCCACGCCCGAGGCCAAAGAGGAGUUCUUCGUCAUGAAGGUCUCCGUCCUGGACGAGAAGCAGGUCGUUGCCGAGGGCGCCAAGAACAAGCGCUUCCCGUGGAUGGACUUCUUCACUGUCCCCCGCGCCCGUCGCGCCUUGGUCUACGCCAACAUCAUGAUUCUCCUGGGCCAGCUCACGGGAGUCAACGCCAUCAUGUACUACAUGUCCAUCCUCAUGCAGCAGAUCGGCUUCGACGACGAGAAGGCCACCUACAUGUCGCUCGUGGGCGGUGGCUCUCUGCUGAUCGGCACCAUCCCCGCCUGCUUCUACAUGGAGAAGUUCGGCCGCCGCUUCUGGGCGAACGCCAUGCUUCCCGGUUUCUUCGUCGGUCUCGUCAUCAUCGGCGCCAGCUACCAGAUCCCUACCACGACAAACACCACCGGUGCCGUGGCCUGCUACCUCAUCGGUCUUGCCUUGUACAUGGGAUUCUUUGGCUGUUACGCCUGUCUCACUUGGGUCGUCCCCUCCGAGGUCUAUCCUACCUACCUUCGAUCCUACGGCAUGACGACAUCCUCGGGCCUGCUUUUCCUGUCUUCUUUCAUUGUCACCUACAACUUCUCCGCCAUGCAGGAAGCCAUGACGCGGACGGGUCUGACUCUCGGCUUCUACGGCGGCAUUGCCAUCUUGGGGUGGUUCUACCAGUUGAUUUUCAUGCCUGAAACCAAAGACAAGACCCUUGAGGACAUUGAUCUUCUCUUCCAGAAGCCGACCCGGGAGAUCGUUGCGAUGAACGUAAAGAACGUGACCCAAAGUUGCGGCAACUUUUUCAUGGGCCGAUGGGGCAGCAGCGCUCAGCCCGCCCGUGAGAUGGAGGUUGACGAGAAGAAUGACAAGGAGGUUCUCGCUUAA